GUUGUUAGGUGGCUGGCCUUAUACAAGGCUCCCACCCGCCAAACAUCCCCUCAGCCAACCUUGCCUGUAUAGCUGUACUGUGGUCCUCACCCGCCUAAAUCAAAACCGUGCUUAAUACUCACCGUAGUACACAACAACAAUGCCCAAGGACACCACCAAAACCAAGCGCAAGGCUGCAGGUAAAUCAGAGGGAAAGGCAACCAAGGCUAAGGCUGCCAAGGCCAAGGGUGCUCCUAAACGGGCGCUCUCCGCGUACAUGUUCUUCAGUCAGGAUUGGAGGGAAAGAAUCAAGACUGAGAACCCAGAUGCUGGUUUCGGUGAGGUUGGCAAACUACUAGGCGCCAAGUGGAAGGAGCUUGACGAGGAGGACAAGCAGCCUUAUAUCGAAUUGGCAGCCAAGGACAAGACAAGGGCGGAGGAGGAGAAGGCAUCCAUGGCUGCCACCAAAUCUUCAGCAAAAGAGAAAAGUGAUGGGGAAGAACCAGCCGAUGAAGAGGAAGAUUAAUGCCGCAUCACCUGUUUCCUUGUACAUAUGAAGGCACUGUUCGCUUUCUUCUAACAUAAUUGUCAUAAGUCGUUUUGAUGUCAGUUGAGUAUAUUAACUUCCUAUGCGAAACA